UAAAUAGAUAUUUAAAAAUAAAUUAAAUUAAAAAUAUAUAUUUAUAUAUAUAUAUCUUUAUACAUUCGCAAGCAAUAAGCGAUCUGAGCAAUUGUUUUGUGUGCUCGCGAGCAUUUUGUUAAACAAAAAUAAAAAGAACCUUUUGGGCGACCAGAGCAAACUGUUGCUGUUUGUUUGCUGACGGGGGCCCAGUUUUAUGGUUGACAGUGAAGGCGCCGCAUGCCAAAUUUUGAUCAUGACCGCGUAAAAAAGAAAUACUGCUGUAUAUCUCUACAUAUAUAUACUAUAUAUAUAUGAGGUGCCAAUAAAAAAAAAAAACAAAAAACCAAACAAACAAUCAAAAUACGUCUGCUUUAAUUAAUUGAAAGAAAAUAUUGUGUAACUCGCCCGCCUUGAAAUGAAUAAAACCAUACUGCACUGGAGCUAUUUAAAUUUCAAAGAUGUGCCCAUGGACUUGUUUCUGUAUGAGGAUCUCGAAGAGGUCUAUUUAAAAGAGAACUACAUAUCCGUAAUACCCAAAUGGCUGCUCAAUAUUACCACACUCAAGUUUAUACACCUAGCUGGCAAUAAUCUCAGUGAGUUGCCAGCGGAUAUUUAUAUGCUGGAGAAUCUCGAGUUUUUGGAUGUGUCCAACAAUGAGCUCACAGAGCUGCCCAAGACAUUGGGUCUGCUGCUGCGCCUACAGCAGCUGAAUGUGAGUGGCAAUCAGCUGACCGAGCUACCUGUGGAGCUGAAUACCUUGCGCAAUUUGGAGCAUCUGAAUAUUGCCAAAAAUCAAUUUCGCCGCCUGCCCCUGCAGCUCAGCGAAUGCGUGCGCCUCAACGAGCUGAACGUGAGCGACAACGAGGCGCUGCUGCAUCUGCCCGAGCGAAUUGCCAAUCUACCCAUGCUGCAGUCGCUAGCUGCCGAUCGCUGCGCUCUUGUUUAUCUGCCGGCUGCGCUCUCCAAGUUCAUGAACCAGGUGCGCAUCUUUCACAACACCUGCGUCAACUAUAUACCCAUGAUCUAUGAACGUUUCUAUCAGAAUUUCUUUGAUAAUAGACAAAAAGUGACGCCCAUUUCCAUCUCCAAGAAGGGUCUCUUCUGGGUGCGUGAACUGGAGUCCCAGAAGCGCCUGCUGCUGCCCGUGGGCACACGCAAUGUCUUUCGCGUGCCCUCGCCCGAGAAUCGGGUCACGCUCUACGAUGAUUGUUUGCAUGCGCUGCAAACGCUGAAUCGCCACCUGCCCGUCUAUGAAAAUGCUGCACUGCAUCGCCUCCUGCCCGAGCCCUAUAUGAGUGCACACAUCAACACUGGACCCAUUGCUCGCUGCACGACUACCAACUGCUCGAGAUGCCUCUAUACAACCUACUACUUUAUGGUCGUCAAGCGACGCGGCAGUGCCUCCAAGCAGCUUUUCACUUGUAACUUCUGUACACAUAACUGCGCAUUACAAUGGCUUUCCAGCAAUGCGAAAAAAUAUUAUCAGCUAGACUGGAAAGUUUCCGAUGAUGACGACGAUGAUGAUGAUGUUGUUGCUUUAUUCAACGCACAUUGACUUCAUUUUAUCCGCUUGUUGUCUUCGUCGCUCGAGCGUUAAAUCGUUUAUGUUUUA